UGGGGAGGAGUGGGGAGUGGGGACUCUGAACCCCUAGGCCGGCGUGGGAGCCUGGCCCAGGUCUUCUUCCACACUUAGCGGACUACAGAGUGUGGCUUCACCCUUACUGCUCUGGGAGCCAAGGGGCCUCCUCACUCCUGCUUUGCCGAUGGGCUGACAAGCUUGGCGACGCUCAGUGGCUGCCUCGGGAUUCCGUCCCGACUCAAGGGCUGGAGGACGGGCCCGUGGCUAUCCCAGUGGUGCAGAAUUGAUCACCGAACCUCCGGUCGAGCGCAGGUUGGGAUCAUUAGACCUGUCCCUUCCUCAGUGCAGCGGGCUGGCCGGACAGGCUUUCCGCGCUGCAUAACCGUGGCGGGAAUGCUGAGUGGGGUGGCUCAGAAGACAGGAGUUCCUGUACCUUUUGACUCAAGGCUCUGGAAAUAAAGCGUAAAUAGGACAUAGUAUUAUUGAUACCAUAUCAAGAACAAAGUAUGAACUAGGCAGUGAGUGUCCCCAGGGAGCCACCAGCUGCUGGCCUGGAACCAUGGCACUGAGCCACUCGGUGAAGGAGCGGACCAUAUCUGAGAACAGUCUCAUCAUCCUGUUGCAAGGCCUCCAGGGCCGGGUGACCACGGUGGACCUGCGGGACGAGAGCGUGGCCCAUGGACGCAUAGACAACGUGGAUGCUUUCAUGAACAUCCGCCUGGCCAAAGUCACCUACACGGACCGGUGGGGUCAUCAGGUGCAGUUGGAUGACCUGUUCGUGACAGGCCGGAACGUGCGCUACGUGCACAUCCCGGAUGACGUGAACAUCACCGCCACCAUCGAGCAGCAGCUGCAGCUCAUCCACCGGGUUCGCAACUUCGGCAGCAUGGGCAAGGGCCGCCGGGAGUUUCCCUCCAAACGUCACAAGUGAGGAGGCUGUGCCCUCUGCAAGCUCCAGCCCCAACUCAGGUUCCUCCAGGGUUCUCCUGAACCAGCUUCUCAGCAUCCUGCUCUUCCCAGAGCUGAGGAAGGAAGCAGGGCGAACCCACAAACUGGUGUCCAGCAGACACCCCUUCACAGCUGCCUCUCUUGGGGUUCCACCUCCCACGAAACUGGAAUCCCAUCUCUCUGUGGCCUUGGGGCACAGGACGGUCCCCCGUCUCCUCAUUUGCAUCUGAGCCUUUGGUUUACUGAUUCUGAACCCCUUCUCAGACAGGAUUAUGAGAUGGGCUUGGCUUGAGCCCUCUCCAGUUGUCCGCAUUGCUUUUUCAGUUAUGGUCAUUUUCUCAUAAAAUCCAACUUGGCUAGCCACAAA